CUCAGCAGCGGAAGUGACAUUCCUCCGUAGAGGUCGGCGGAAAGAAGACGGCCGGCAGCACUUUCAUUCUGACUUUUCCUCGCACUUUUUGAUGUUUUUACCCAACACGGAAGAAACCCAUCGUUCACUGAAUAAGAUGGAAAGCUCUUCAUGAUCCAGUCAACUUCAGCCCCGAUUUAAUCGCUGGAUGCAAAUAAUACACCGAAAUGUCUGCGGAGGCCAGUACGCAGGACGGUAACGGCAGGGUCAGCAGGGUGAUUCGGAUCGGAACCAGGAAGAGCCAGCUGGCGCGUAUUCAGACGGACAGCGUGGCAGAGAAGCUGAGAGAGCUGUACCCCGAUGUGCACCUGGAGAUAGUUGGCAUGUCAACGACUGGAGACAAAAUCCUGGACACAGCGCUGUCAAAGAUUGGAGAAAAGAGCCUCUUCACCAAGGAACUGGAGAAUGCUCUGGAGAGGAACGAGGUGGACCUGGUAGUGCACUCUCUGAAGGACCUGCCCACUACUCUGCCUCCUGGCUUCACCAUUGGAGCAGUGCUGAAGCGUGAAAACCCACACGAUGCAGUUGUUCUGCACCCGAAGCAUGCUGGGAAAACUCUGGACACUCUACCAGACAAGAGUGUGGUUGGCACCAGCUCACUCCGUCGUGCAGCGCAGUUAAAGAAGCGCUUUCCUCACCUGGAGUUCAGAGACAUCCGGGGGAACCUCAACACUCGGCUGAAGAAGCUGGACGAGAAGGACGAUUUUGCCGCCAUCAUCCUUGCCACUGCAGGCCUGCGUCGUAUGGGCUGGGAGAGCAGAGUCAGCCAGAUCCUGGGCCCAGAUGACUGUAUGUACGCUGUGGGGCAGGGGGCGCUAGCCGUGGAGGUGCGUGCUCGAGACCAUGACAUCCUGGAGAUGGUGUCAGUCCUGCACGACCCUGACACUGUGCUGCGCUGUAUCGCAGAGAGAGCCUUCAUGCGGCACCUGGAAGGAGGCUGUAGUGUGCCUGUUGCUGUGCACACAGAAGUGCGAGACUCCCAGCUCUACCUGACUGGAGCAGUGUACAGUUUGGAUGGAUCAGAGAGCCUGAAGGAGACCAUGCAGACAAGCAUAGAGCAAGACAAUCAGGUGGAAGAGGAAGUGGACGAGAAAGUGCAGCGUGUGGGGGUGACGGCCACCAACGUGUCGCGGGUGGCCCAGGACGCCGCUGAGAAGCUGGGCAUCGACCUGGCCAAGCUGCUGCUCAGCAAAGGAGCCAGAGAGAUCCUGACCGUGGCCCGGCAGCUCAACGAUGCUCGCUAAGCAUUCCUCUGCGCCGCCUCUGCAGCUCGCAGGAGGUCUCCCCCAGCCCAGAGGAGCGGGGCUGACGACUGACUGACAUCCUCCAGCAGGGGACCUGACUCCUCCACACACUGACACUAACCUGACCUUCACUAACUGACCUCUCUCUCUCACUGACCUCCGUGUGUCUGUGGGAUCACUGUGCCUAUAAACUGCAGUCAUUCUGUCUCCCCUUAAGCCUCAGUCUGUCAGGAAGCGCCCCGUAAACCGACCCAGGAAAGCCAAACACGGUCACCUCCCCAGACGCACGCUUGCAGGUGUGACAGACACCACGCAGAAGCCACCCUGGAGCGCGCCUGAUCCCCAGAAUUUCUGCUCCCUUUAAAGCACCAGCCCCCUCAGACCAAGCUAAAACCCUGCCCCAGCACCGGGACCGCCUGCUUUAAGGAAACUAACAGAGAAACUAGCAGGGUAUCUGCACUGGCAAGAGUUUAGGAAUGUUUAGGAGUUUAGGAGUUUAGGAAUGUUUAGGAAUCUACAGGCUGACGAGUUGUAAGCAUUGCUGUUUGUACACUUUCCCUGUGUUGCUGUCACCAGUGUGUCCAGCAUCGAUGAGCCUUUGAUUAUGGUCCCUCUGCUUGACCUGCAUCUCCUGUGUGCAGAAACACCCCCUCCAGGGGCUUAUUUUCACCUGCUUGUAGCUUCUUCCCGAGUGCUAAACAUUAAUGCCCAACCGUCGUUCUAUUAAAAUGUAAAACAAUAUUGGCAAGAGGAGAGGUCCGUUCAUUUCCCACAGAACAGCCCUGCGCACCGAGAACCUGUUUCCCGAAGCAGUAAUACAGCUGUUCUUUCUCCCUCUGUUUCCCAAAGCGAUAAUACAGCUGUUCUUUCUCCCUCUGUUUCCCGAAGCAGUAAUACGACUCUUCUUGGGGGAAAAAGCCCUGCUGUGCUCACACAUUACUGACAUCCCAUCCUUGAUAUCCCUAUUGAAAUCACUGACAGGAAUAACGAUUGUGUGGGAAAAAGACUCGCAGCACAAGGAGAGCAUGACCUCACAUGACCUGCUGAGGACCGCUGGAAACUGAAGUCUUUACUUGAUUUACUUACUUUUACACAGCUUGUGUUUCUGGUUCAUUCAGAGUCACUGAGAGUGAGGCUUUGCUGCGGUGGCUCAGGGGUGUGUGCGAGAGCUCAUCUUUCAGUAGAAAGUGUGGCUGUAAUUUAUGUGUAAGAUGAAGACUGAGAAUAGUGAAAGUGUAACUAAAGGUAAUGCACUACAAAUACCAGUUUUGUGUCAUUUUUACAAACUGACUCCCACCCCAGUAAAAUCAAUGCACCACAAUGGGUUUAGAGUGUAAAUUAUUAGAUCCACCAGGGAAAUUUCACAAAAUGGUUAUGCAAAGCCACAAGACGUAAGCUGUGAUUGGCUGGGAAGUACGCUGUCUGCCCGGCAGUGACGUUUGACUUCCAUGGGCUUUAAAGCAGAGGAAAGCAGCUUUAAGAACUAUACAUACAUGCGACGCUCGGGGGGUGGAAGCAGACCACACCUGGCUGGGAUGGGGAAUCGGCUCCCUGGAGACAGAGCUGCCGGGAAGAACACAAAGGCCGCAGACUCCAGGCCAGUUCAUACGAGGCCAUAUGUUCAAAAGGUUUGAGAAAAAGCUUUUCAAUGUACUGAGACUGCAGCAUAUUAUUAUAAUCUGGAGAACAACAUUCACAUCUGCUUCAUGCCUUAAAUGUGAAAAUGUGAUUUUUGUGCAUUUAGCUUGUCUGCCUUAACUGUUGGUAUGAAACUACUUUGAGUUGU